UUAUAUAUCUUCCAAGAAAAUCUUCAUUCCAGAACACACACAUAUAUUCUCCUCUCCUCGAUCUUUUCUGUUUUGUUUUUCAUUAAAACAAGCUUGCAUAGGAACAUGUACGGCGAUAAGAAAAUGGAUAAUCAUCUCACCGGAAACGGCCGGAAGUUCCAGGUUUGCCGGAGUGACUUCCCGGACGACUUCUUAUUCGGUGCAUCAUCGUCAGCUUAUCAGACGGAAGGAGCAACAAAUGAUGGUGGUCGGAAACCUUGCAUUUGGGAUACCUUCUCUAAGAAAAAAGGUACAGUGACGGAUGGGACUAAUGCUUCUACGGCUGUUGAUGUUUAUCAUAGAUACAAGGAGGAUGUCCAGAUAAUGAAGAAACUUGGGCUGGAUGUUUACAGAUUCUCCAUUUCUUGGUCAAGAGUAUUGCCAGGAGGAAGACUCAGUGCUGGCAUUAACAGAGAGGGAAUCAACUUCUACAACAACUUUAUAAAUGAGCUUCUAGCUAAUGGUAUACAUCCAUUUGUUACUAUGUUUCAUUGGGAUGUUCCUCAAGCAUUGGAAGAUGAGUAUGGUGGCUUUUUAAGCCCAAGAAUUCUGAAGGAUUAUUGUGAAUAUGCGGAGCUAUGUUUUUGGGAGUUUGGAGACAGGGUGAAGAACUGGAUCACCAUGAAUGAACCAUACAUGUUCACAACUAAUGGCUAUGCAAAUGGGACAUUUGCACCUGGCAGAGGAUCUUCUUCUUCGUCGUUGUCGGCUAAAAAACCAGACAACAACGAUCGUUCUCGAUCUCUCAGCGGAUGUUUUCCAUGGCGAUUGUCAUUAUCGUCCAAGGUGAAAAUUUCCGACAAUGGAGAUCCUGGUUUAGAGCCAUAUUUGGUCGGUCAUAAUCUGCUUCUUGCUCAUUCUGCUAUUGUGGACCUGUAUCGCCAAAAAUUCCAGAAAAUUCAAAAAGGAAAGAUUGGGAUAACACUGAUAUCACAAUGGAUGGAGCCUCUCAAUGAAAGUAGUGACAGUGACAAACAAGCUGCCCAAAGAGGUCUUGACUUUAUGCUUGGAUGGUUUUUGGAUCCAUUAACAAAAGGAGAUUAUCCUGGGAGUAUGAGAAAAUUGGUUGGGAAUCGUCUCCCCCAAUUUUCAAAAGAAGAAUCCAAGAAGUUAAUAGGAUCAUUUGAUUUUCUUGGAUUAAAUUACUAUACAUCUUGCUAUGCAACUGAUACUGAAUCCACCACUACAAAUGGAAUCCUGAGUGCUCUCACAGAUUCCCAAGUUACCACCUUAACUGAAAGGAAUGGAAUCCCAAUUGGUCCAAGGGGGGCAUCUGAAUGGCUAUAUGUCUAUCCACAAGGAAUUUACAAGCUAUUGCAUUAUGUAAAAAAGACAUACAAUAUUCCACUCAUCUACAUCACUGAAAAUGGUUAUGAUGAAGUAAACAAUUCAAAUUUAACGCUUUCGGAAGCACGCCUUGAUUAUAACCGACUAAACUAUCACCGGGAGCAUAUUUUCUACAUCUCAAAAGCAAUCAAUGAAGGGGUGAACGUGAAAGGUUAUUUUGUUUGGUCGUUGAUGGAUAAUUUUGAAUGGAACGAGGGGUACACAGUUCGUUUUGGUCUAAUUUUUGUUGAUUUUAAGAAUAAUUUAACAAGGUAUCCAAAGGAGUCUGCAUUGUGGUUUGCUAAUUUUUUGGCAAAGGAAGAUGAAUAGGCAACAUCCCGAGAAUUCAUAUAGUAGAUUAGAAGGUUUACUUAAGAUUUGCUUUUAGCGGUAUGGUGAAAGUUUGAUCCCGUCACAGAUGUGGGUUCUUUCUGCUCAUAAAAAGAUCAAUAUGAAAAGGGUCAUCCAACAACAUGAUUCAAAAUGUUUAUUUGUUUAUUUAUUUUUUAGUA